CCUUCCUUCUUACACCACACUUCUGCAAGCUUGACCAACCUUCCUCCGCUAUUGAGCUAUUCUCAUCUACAUUUCCCUACAAUUCUUACAUCUCGACACGUCCCUACAUCAUCUUCGGUCUCUCUCAGUUCGGCUCCCCGCUGUGGCUACCCUCUGUUCUCUAAGACGUCAGUGACCAGCCUGUGACUCGACCUCCCCUAAGGGCUAUGGCGGACCCUACCGUCGCUGACGAUCCCAUGAUCGGCACUCAGCUCGCGGGUCCAGAGCUCGAACAUGAUCAGCAAUCCGACGGCGGCCUCGCUCAGCCCAUGGAAGAAACACAAGAGGAGCUUGUGCCAUCCGUUGAAGAGGAUUCUGGCCCGCUCUCGGACAUUUAUGAUCACCCUGAACCUGAAUUCACGAUGGAGGACCUCCAGGAAGGGCGAUACGAGGCUGAAGAGACCAUGGAAGAUCUUCAUGAGCAGGAGCUUGAACAGCCCAUGGAAGGUCUUCAGGAUGAGCAAUACGAACCUGAAGAGGCGGAAGAUCUUCAGGAAGAGCAGCAUGAGCAAGGAGAGACGGUGUAUGACGCUCAGGGCCAACAGCAUGAGCUCGAGGAGGCUAUGGAAGAUGAUCAACCGAGGAGGCAAGAAGCUACUCGUAUGAUUGGUGAUCAUGAGGGUCUCCAAGAGCCUGAGCGGACCACUAUGGAGCCUGACUACGUACGCCACGAGCGAGAAGACUCGACCAGCCUGUUCAUACCUGAGCAUCGGGCGCCUACGAUUCCGCCUGCUGCGGGGCCACCCUCAUCCGAGAUACCUCCACCUUCUCGGUCAACACCUCGUUCGAUGUCUACUUUCGCCAGGAUCCGCAAUCUCCAGAAGAAGCUUCAACAGAGCAAGGCAGCUGCAAGCAGGGCUAGCGCGGCCCAUCUGUAUCAGCCUGCUCCAGACAGUGAAACCUACCUGGAGGCAGUUACGGGGGUUAAUGCGCAAGCCGCAGAUGAGGCUACAUCCAUCGAUGAGUGGGAGAAGGCCAAUAGAGAGGCUACAGAAGCAUACAAGAAGCAGAAGCGGUAUUAUGAGGAGCUCAAGCGCAAGAACGGUCAUCUGAGCUUCCGUGAGGACGUUCAAUGGCUGAAGAUUCAGGCCGCUGAGAAAGCCCGACGAGAGAAGCGAAAGCGAGAUAUGCUCAAAGAACAAGAGGAGCAGGAAGGCGAGCCAGACCUCUUCCCGGAGAUCCCGGGCCCAAACGACCGCAAAGACAACGACUCGGAUGACGGUGACAUGCUCGACCUUGAUCCAACCGGCUCCUCACGUAAGCGCCGCCGACCUGAAAACCCCCGCAAGGAGCCCAAACACAUGUCUAUUCAGGACGCCGAAAUACGGAGCAUGCAGGUCGCACUCGACGCUGACGGUGACUUCCCGAAGAAGAAGAGGAAAGGGCAGUCUGCAUCCGGUGACUCUCAACCUGCCUCUUCAUCCAGCAGGCCGAAGUCCUCCAGAUCCCAGAAUCAUGGCGGCUCUCGGUCCAAGGCGGCCGGCAAGACCACCACCAAGCGCAAAUCGGCAAAGCAGAAGGCGGAACUCAAACGAGCCGUGCAUCAAGCUACCUCAUUCUUCAAUAGCAAUGUGUUCGACCAACAGGCCGCAGAGGACGCGAUAGAGCAGCCUACUUUCAGGUCCAGGAACAAGGCCGACGCUCUCAAGGAGUUGAUUGCCAGCGUUCCGAUCGAGAAUCAGAAGACAGCCAAGUCCGACAAGAGCGCCCUGCUCGCAGCCACAAAGGAAUUCGACGGGCGCGGUAGCGUGAAGCCCGACGGCAAUAGCAUGUGGCUGGUUAAGGGCAUGAAGACGAGUUUGAAAGCUUACCAGCUUAUGGGAAGCGCCUUCAUGCGUCGCCGUGAGAACGCCGCCGAGGAGCCUCGUGGAGGCUUGAUGGCUGACCAGAUGGGGCUGGGAAAGACUCUUAUGAUGCUGGCCAACAUCGUCAACGGACAUCCCGGCAAGGGCGCCAAGCACAAGACCACAUUGCUCGUCGCCAGCCCCGCGCUUUUGACUCAGUGGGGUAGAGAGAUCGAAACUCACACAAAUGCGGGCCUCAAGAUCAUGAGAUACGGCCCUGGAACUCGAAUCGAUUCUAACCAUAGCUUUGAUAUUCUGGAAUUUCACGAUAUCAUCCUGACCACCUAUACUGAAAUCAUGAGAAGUUAUCCAAAGAACGAGCCGCCUACUGAUUGCCAGACGGCAGACGAGAAGAUCGCCUGGUGGAAAAAGACGUAUGAGACCCAUCGCGGCGUGCUACACCGGAUGAUGUUCCACCGCAUCGUCCUGGACGAGGCGCAGGCCAUCAAGAACCACACCGGCCGGACAUCUAUUGCGUGCCGUGCCCUUAUGGCGCAACACAAGUGGGCCCUUAGUGGCACCCCUAUCCUCAACGGCCUCACAGAACUCUAUCCAUACUUCAAGUUUCUCGACGUCCCGCAUACUGGCAGCUUCAAGAUCUUCAAGCACAACUACUGCGAUUCUGGAGAUGCGGAGAACACCGAGCGUCUGCUUGUGCGUCUCUCUCAGUUCAUGAUCCGCCGGACCCACGCAGACGAGAUGUUCGGUGCACCCAUUCUGAAACUUCCCAAGGCGGACCAGGUCACUCACUGGUGCGAUUUCAACUCGGUUGAGCGGAGCAUCUACGAUAUCGUUCACCAGCGCUUUGUCAAAAAGAUCAAUAUGUGCGUGCAGAAGGGCGAGCUUGACAAGUCGUAUAGCAAUGUUCUGGUAAUGCUCCUGAGGCUUCGUCAGCUGACGGCUCACGUUCUGAUGCUCCAACUCGUCAUGCGCGACCUCUUGGAGCGCGAGGAUAUCGAGCGCAUCCGAGAAGUAGUCAAAGAAGCGGCGGCCGACUCAAAGACUAGUCGCGGGCGUACGAUCAUUGCUAUUAGGAAGCAGCUGGAAGUCCUUGCUAUCGAAGAGAAGAAGCGAACGGCACAGAAGCCUACAAAGAAUGCCGUCCCGGAAGAGGAAGAUCUCCUUGGCGAGGAUGAUGCUGAGCUGGAGGAAGACGAUGACGUGUUCAACGAGUUCGAGGGCAAUGGCCUAGCCGGUGAGCGAAACAAGACUGGAAAGACCUUCGGUAAAGACUACAACUUCAAGCCAUUCCUGGCUAGCCUGACAACGGGCCAGAGUUGGGAGAAGGUGAAGAAGAAGGCAAUGUGUGGCACCUGCAAACGUCAACCCGUCAAUCUGUGGAUCACCUCGUGCGGUCAUCUCAUCUGCAGCCCAUGCUACGAUACAGCCCAGAUUGUGGCAGCCGAGCAAUCUAGGGAGCAUGGUAUUUGCAAGGCUUGCGGUUUUACCUUCACCGAAGCUCACGCCAUUGACCCUGACCAGGAGGAUUCUCAGGAGUACUAUGGCCCCGAGACUCGAUCGAAGCGGAAGCGCCACGACAAGGAGCGACAACGCAUCGAGCAAGAGGAUAUUGCCGACGAUUGGCUUGCCAUGGGCGGCAAGGACGGUGUUCUGCCAUCCGCUAAGACGAUUGCCAUCAAGGCUCAGAUCUUGAACUGGGUGAAAGAGAACAAGGACGUUAAGGUCAUCAUCUACACGCAGUUCCUCGCCAUGAUCCGAAUUCUGGCGAAGAUGUGCGGGGAGGAGGGCUGGGAGACCGAACAGUACCACGGCAAGCUCAGCUUCAACUCUCGCGACAAGGCCAUCAGCAACUUCGCCGAGAACCCCAAUGUGAGGGUCCUGUUGGCCUCGCUCCGCUGCGGCGGCUUGGGCCUCAACUUGACAAUGGCCUCCCGCGUCAUCAUUAUCGAUCCAUGGUGGAACUCGGCGGCCGAGCAGCAAGCCUUCUGCCGCGUCUUCCGCUACGGGCAGAAGGAGACUACCUUCCUCACCCGCUUCUGCGUGAACAAUACGGUAGACCAGCGGCUGAUCGAGAUGCAAGAGACCAAGAAGAAGGAGAUCGAGGAAGUGAUGGAGGACAAAGGUACCACGGCCAAGAAGAUGAGCAUCCGCGAUCUCAUGCGUCUCUUCGGCAACAUUCGGGACGACGACACCGGCAAGCCCUUCAUCAUGGUCGACAACCCUGACCCGCGCGGCGGGUUCAGGGCGGAUGGGGAUCACGAGGGCUAUGCGGAUGAGCUCUGAGGAAAUUGUGCAUGGAUGCGGGGUGGUGAUAGGGGGCUGAAGGCCUCCAGGCUGGGUUUUACGGAGUCGGCUUUGAAAGGUUUGAUUUCCUCGAUUCUGGGGAUUAGGGCGAGAGGAUUGGCGGUUCUCUCACACAAGUAGGGCAGCUCUCUGGCCGGGGAGCUGGGUUUGGGUCGAUUAUCUCGUGGGCGCUGAUUGGGCGUCUGCGGAUUUGCUUUUGCGGAUAAGGCUCUGAGGGCCUCCAGGAUGCACGAUACCGACUCCGCCAUGGUGCAUCCGAAUCAAAAGUUUAUAGCGC